CGUUGCGCAUAUUAGGGAAGCAAGACUUACUAUUUUUACGUAUUCUACGCACUUUUAAAAUACUUUCCUUAGGUCCCAUUCAAAAUAUUAUGGCAUCGCAGGCAAAGAAAAGAAAAAUGAAUUUCUCUGAAAGGGAGGUGGAAAUCAUCGUGGAGGAGAUGGAAAAGCAAAAGCACAUUUUGGUAAACCACUUCAACGCUGGCGUCACUCACAUCUCAAAAAAUAACGCCUGGAUGGAGAUUCUGAAGCGCGUGAAUGCUGUGACCAAUUGCCAUCGCGAGCUCGCCGAAGUGAAGAAGAAAUGGUCUGAUUUGAAAACCGAGGUUCGUCGCAAAGUGGCGCAGGCUCGUGCUGCGAUAGAGGACACAGGGGAGUGCACCACGGUACCGGUUAUUCUUACUGCCAUGCAGCAGCGCAUCUGUAACCUGCUGGGAGAAGCCACCAUCAUCAGCCUGCCUGCUGGAGAAUCGGCAGAGCCGAGUGCGGAUAUUGCGGCACCGUUGCCCAUUAGCACAGCUACAGUUACACUAACGCAGACAGGUAUACAGCCGACACCUGGUACUGCCUGUGAAAUGAAAACCUUAGAAGUAGCUGAGACUGCAUACCACACUCUGGAGGAGGGCAUGGUAGAAUACUGCACAACAGAGACGCCCGUCACAGUUACAACUGAAGCCCCUGUGGAGGUUUUGGCAGCACAGGCUGAGUGCUCAAUAAAGCCACAGGAGUUGAAGAGCCGCAUUGCAUUGAACUCUGCCAAGCUGUUGCAGGAGCAACGUGUCACCAACAUGCAUGUGCGUGAAAUUGCCCAGCACUUGGAAAACCAGAAUGACCUGCUGCAGAUGAUCCGUCGUUCACAGGAGGCACAAGCCUGUGCCCAGGAGAGACAAGCACAAGCCCUGGAAGGUACACAGGCCACCCUUCUUGCCCUCAUUCAGAUGUUCAAGCCUGCUUUAAAGGACUUAAGGAAGUUCCUGCAAAAUGCUAACAAUGCUAAUAUAACAGGAGGUAUAGAUACUAGUGAGGGGGUGGUAAACAUUCCACAGCAGGUGGAAGAUGGACAAUAGACUUGCAUUUGUUGUAUUUUAGAGAGAAUGUGAUGUGGUUGUAUGUAUGUGUUUUUCAAAUAUCCUUGAUAUUGUCCUACAAUCUGGCACUUUUUCACAUUUUUUCAUGUUACAGCCUUAUUUAAAAUGUAUUACAUUCAUUAUUUUAAAAUUCUGAAAACAAUACUCCAUAAUGACAAUGUGAAAGAAGUUUGUUUGCAAUCUUCGCAAAUGUAUUAAAAAAAAAGAAAUAAAAAUCACAUGUACAUAAGUAUUUACAGCCUUUGCCAUGACACUCAAAAUUGAUCUCAGGUGCAUCCUCUUUCUACUGAUCAUCCUUGAGAUGUUUUUAUGAAUCGAUUUUAGUCCACCUGUAGUAAAUUCAGUUGAUUGGACAUGAUUUGGAAAGACACACACCUGUUUAUAUAAUGUCCCACAGUUAACAGUGCAUGUCAGAGCACAAGCAUUGACGGUCCAGAUGAGCACAGUAGCCUCCAUCUCCAUAAAUGGAAUAGGUUUGGAACCACCGGGACUCUUCCUGGAGCAGGCCGCUUGGCCAAAGUGAUUGACUGGGGGAGAAGGGCCUUAGUCAGGAAGGUGACCAAGAACUUGAUGGUCACUCUGCAACUCCAGUGUUUCUCUGUGGAGAGGAGAACCUUCCAAAACAACCAUCACUGCAGCACUCCAUCAAUUAGACCUGCAUGGUAGAGUGGCCAGACGGAAGCCGCUUUUCAGUAAAAGGCAACAAAUUUUGUUCAACACCUUUUUAAAUAUGAUGCUGCUAUAUAAUGCAAAGGUUUUUUUUUUCUUAAAGGUUCUCCCGUCUCCACAGAGAAACACUGAAGCUCUUUUGGAGCUCUUUGACUAAGACCCUUCUCCCCGAUCGCUCACUUUGGCCAGGUGUCCCACUCUAGAAAGAGUCCUGGUGAUUCCUAACUUAGUCCAUUUAUGGAUGAUGAAGGCCACUGCGCUUCUCUGGACUUUCAGUGCUGCAGAGAUUUGUCUGUACCUCUCCCCAGAUCUGUGCCUCUAUACAAUCCUGUCUCGGAGGUCUAUAAACAAUUCCUUAGAUUUCAUGGCUUGGUUUUGCUCUGACAUGCACUGUUAAAUGUGGGACCUUAUAUAGACAGAUGUUUUUUUUUUUUAGUUUUUUUUGUUUUUCGAAAUAAUGUCCAUUCAACUAAAUUUACCACAGGUAGACUCCAAGCGAGUUUAGAAACUCAAGGGUGAUCAGUGGCUUAAUUUUGAGUGUCAUGGCAGAGGCUGUUAUUACUUAUGUACAUUGUGAUUUUUUUUCUCCGUUUUUAAUUACUAAUACAUUUGCAAAGAUUACAAACAAACUUCUUUCACAUUGUCAUUAAGAAGUAUUGUUUGUAAUAAUGAAUUUAAUCCAUUUCAAAUAAGGCUGUCACAUAGCAAAAUGUGAAGAAGAAAAAAACGCUGUAAAUACUUUCCGGAUGCACUGUGCGUUCUUCUAUGACAAUAUCCAGUAUAUCUUUGAUUUUCAGAGUGGAGUCCUAGAACAUAGCCAGGGGGACAAUGAUUAUUCUAUUUUAUUGUAUUUUUUUUUCAGUGGUAAAAAUACAAAUCACAAAAUACAACUAUAAAAAAAAUAAUUAUUGAGCAUUUAAAGUGUGUUAGCCUUAUGACUGCUUAAUUUAAGUGGGUUGUAACAAGAUGUUCAUGAAAUCAAGCUGUACUGAGGUGCUCCA